CGGUCUCCAUUCUGGACCUGCACUGACUGGUCUUGAGGUGUCCAAGAAGUAUCUUCGAAUAAGUGAAUGAAUAACACCUGAAUAUUUUUACGGACACACGGAGGCAAGCACAGGCGAUGAGGCUGUGUUCUGUGUCUGUGGCUGGGCAGCCACCACCCUGCAGAGCAAUCUGUGUCCAGCCUGUCCCCCCGACUUGCCUGCCCAACUCCUGGGAUUGCUUAGCUGGACCCACCUGACACAGAAACAGAGCUUGCUGGGAAGCAGCAGAUGUCCCAGGUGCACAGAAGGAGAAACCUCUACCCUUCCCCACACUGCUCCCCCAAAGAAAUGGAUUUAUUCCAGCAACAGCCACCACCCUUGGGCACAACACCCAAGCUGGCAGGGUUUUCCCCAGACAGGCAGGUAGCAGGGGAGAAGGGUACGGCCUUCCUCAGUGCGGACUUCCACUUGCUGAAUUUGAACAACCAGCCACCAGAGCUGAGCACAAAGGAUGCCAAAAACAACCUGUAUAACCAGUACGAGGAGAAGGUACGGCCCUGCAUUGACCUCGUUGACUCCCUGCGUGCCCUGGGUGUGGAGCAGGACCUGGCCCUGCCAGCCAUUGCUGUCAUCGGGGACCAGAGCUCAGGCAAGAGCUCCGUGCUGGAGGCGCUGUCAGGAGUCGCCCUUCCCAGAGGCACCGGAAUUGUGACCAGGUGUCCGUUGGUGCUGAAGCUGAAGAAGCAGCAGGGCCCGUGCGAGUGGGCAGGGAGACUCAGCUACCGGAACAUGCAGCUGCAGCUGCGGCACCCCAACGACGUGGAGGCCCAGAUACGCAAAGCCCAGAACCUCCUGGCCGGGGAUGGCGCUGGCAUUAGCCAUGAGCUCAUCAGUCUGGAGAUCACCUCCCCUGAAGUUCCGGAUCUGACCAUCAUUGAUCUUCCCGGCAUCGCCAGGGUGGCAAUGGGCAACCAGCCCCAGGACAUCGGACUGCAGAUCAAGGCUCUCAUCAAGAAGUACAUCCAGAAGCAGCAGACCAUCAACUUGGUGGUGGUCCCCUGUAACGUGGACAUCGCCACCACAGAGGCACUGAGCAUGGCUCAGGAGGUGGACCCCGACGGAGACAGGACCAUAGGCUUUCAGAUGUCCAAAUUGGGCUGCACCCUCUGUCUGUACUCUCCACUGACUCCAUCGCACUGCAUGAUUAUCCUGUGUCGUUUCAGAAUUCUCCUGGAGGAAGGGAAGGCCACGGUGCCCUGUCUGGCAGAAAGACUCACUACAGAGCUGGUCGUGCACAUCAGAAGAUCACUCCCUGUGUUAGAAAAUGAAAUAAAGGAGCACCACCAGAGGGCGACAGAGGAGCUGCGCAGGUACGGGGCCGACGUCCCCAUCCAGGAGGCCGACAAGAUGUUCUUUCUUAUAGAGAAAAUUAAGAUGUUUAAUCAGGACAUUGAAAAGUUAAUAGAAGGAGAAGAAAUCAUCAAGGAGAACGAGAGCCGCUUGUAUAACAAACUCAGAGAGGAAUUUAAAUGCUGGUGUGAUGUGCUGACAGCCAACACUCAUAAAGUUAAUACUAUCAUCCAUGAAGAAGUCACAAAAUAUGAAAAGCAGUAUCGCGGCAAAGAGCUUCCUGGAUUUCUGAACUACAAGACGUUCGAGAUCAUCGUGCGUCAGUACAUCCAGCAGCUGGUGGACCCCGCACUUGACAUACUCCAGAGGGUCGCUGAAAUUGUCCAUCAAGCUUUCAUUGAUACGGCCAAAAAAAAUUUUAGUGAAUAUUCCAACCUUUGUCAAGAAGCCCAGAGCAUGAUUGAAUUCGGAAAAGCCAAAGAGAUAGAAAACGCUGAAAAGUUGAUCCACAUUCAGUUCAAAAUGGAGCAGCUGGUUUAUUGUCAAGAUCAGACUUACAGCAUUAUGCUGCAGAAAGUCCGAGAAGAGAUUUUUAACCCACUGGCGAAUGUGCCUCAGAAUAUUCAGUGGAAUCCUCCAGUUUCAAAGGACCAGGUCUCCUGCAUCACGGAGAUUGCUGUCCACCUGAACACAUACUUCUUGGAAACCAGCAAACGACUCACAAACCAGAUCCCAUUUAUAAUCCAGUAUUUCAUACUCCGAGAGAAUGGUGACUGGUUGCAGAAAGCCAUGAUGCAGCUGCUGCAGAGAAAAGACCACUAUUCGUGGUUGAUUCAAGAACAGAGUGAGACCACUACCAAGAGAAGAUGCCUUAAGGAGAGAAUUCAACGGCUCACUCAGGCCCGGCAGGCCCUCAGUAAAUUCGCUAUUGAAUCGUUCCACUGAAGAGGGACAGUGCUUUCAGCUGUUUUCUUACCUGUAUUCAUUCAUCUACAUCCAUUCAUUGUAAGGGGAGGUGGUGGAGGACGUUGUUCUGCUUUGAGACCAGGCUCAGCAACUGGCUGUGUCCAUCUUGCCUGUGCGACCCUCAGAACCAGAGCUUAUAUCUGAGGUCCACACGCGUUCAGCCAUCACCUCCACGAGGUCUUCUCUGAUCUCCGCGGAGAGGUGGCUUUCUGGUCUUGGAGCCCACAGCACACAGUCACCGCAUUCUCAGAUACCAUUACCAGUUUCCGCUAGUUUGUAUUAGAUUAUACCCUCCAUUAGAUUAUGAGACCCUGCAGCGGGGAGGUCUGUAUUGUAUUCUUCUUUUAUUUCCAGAAGUUUGCACAGCACCUAGCACAUAGGUAUCUAUGCGUAAAUGAUACCUCACUGGACGAAUGGGUAUGGUGGAGUGAUGGAGAUGCCUGAGGCUAUCACUUAAGUCCAGUGUCCCCUAGCUGGUCACUUUCAGCUGUAUCUAGUUAUGCCACCUGCUCCCAUCAUUUGCUGUAAUCAUGCAAUCCCAGCACCUGCUUCCUGCAGAAAUAACCUGAGUGAUAGUGUUUUCUCCUUGAGUUUCUGGAUGGCCCUGAGCCCCUGCUGCACUGUAAGCUCUUGAAGAGGAGUUUAAUAAGGAGAAGCUUUUAAAAAGUAUAGAGAGCCUCACACUGGUGAUCAUCUCUAGACUGGAAGGUUGUGGGUAAUCGUGUGUUUUCCUUCAGGCUUUCGUAUAUGUUCUUAAUACCGAGCUUGGAUUCCUUAAUAAAAAAGAA